GCACCUGAGAACGUGUUGCGCCAGUGUUACCCAGGGCCACAAGUCCGUUGCUCUGCGCCUUUAAACAGCUGUUCUCGCUUUCGCGGAGGGGGGCAGUCACGUGCGAAUAUACGCCAGAGGUUUUCCUUGGUACCGUGGCUGGAGGUUGUGCCGCAACCGGGUCUGGAAUAGGAAGCUAGUUCCCAGGCCGACACCGUUUCAUUUUAGAUUUAAUAUUAACCAGGCAUCUGUAGGCAGGAUGGUGUUCUGCCAUUGACUGUGCUGGUUAAGAUGCUGAGCUGCGCAGCGUACCUGCUUGUAACGGCAGCCACGGAGACUCUGAGUGACCUUUACGUGGCUGAGGCUUCGGUUAUUCCUGAGCCGGCUUAUGGUCUUUCUUCUGUGUCCACCCCCAUUCCCAUUGGGGACCCUGCCAAUACCGGGGCUACCGCUGUGCUGCCAGAUGGGAAGACAGCCGAACCCUGUGACACAGGUGCCGGUUCUCACACGGCGACGAUGACCGAGUUUGAGAUUGUCAAAUGGGAAUGGAGCUACGUCCAGGCACCCUACCUUACAGUUAUCUGGAUUAUGAUUGCCAGUUUUGCAAAAAUACUGUUCCACUUGUCCCACAGUGUGACCCGCGUCGUGCCCGAGAGCUGCCUGCUCAUCCUGCUGGGACUGGGACUUGGGGGCAUUGUGCUGGCCGCCACGAAGAAGCCAGAGUACCAGCUUCACCCCGAGCUGUUCUUUCUCUUCCUGUUGCCUCCCAUCGUGCUCGACUCCGGCUACUUCAUGCCCAGCAGGCUCUUCUUUGACAACAUCGGCACCAUCUUAAUGUACGCAGUGAUCGGCACGCUGUGGAACUCCUUCAGCACAGGCCUCUGCCUUUGGGGUGUCAAAGGAGCUGGGCUGAUGGAUUGUAAUGUAAAUGCUGGGCUGAUGGACUUCCUGCUGUUCGGGAGCCUGAUCUCGGCAGUGGACCCUGUGGCGGUGUUGGCUGUGUUUGAGGAGGUCCAUGUCAAUGAGACGCUCUUCAUCAUUGUGUUUGGGGAGUCUCUGCUCAAUGAUGCCGUCACUGUGGUACUGUACAAGGUUUUCAACUCUUUUGUUGAGAUGGGAACAGAUCGUGUGCGCCCUGUGGAUUAUGUGAAAGGAGUUGCCUCCUUCUUUGUGGUGAGCCUCGGGGGUACUGUGAUUGGUCUGAUCUUUGCCUUUGUGCUGGCGCUCAUCACACGCUUCACCAAGCGAGUGCGCAUCAUCGAGCCUCUGUUUGUCUUCCUGCUGGUGUACCUGGCCUACCUAACGGCCGAGAUGGUCUCCCUGUCCUCUAUACUGGCGAUGACAUUCUGUGGGAUAUGCUGCAAGAAAUAUGUGGAAGCCAACAUUUCGCAGAAGUCCCGCACCACGGUCAAGUACACCAUGAAGACUCUUGCCAGCAUCGCGGAGACCAUCAUCUUCAUCUUCCUUGGCAUCUCGGCUGUGGACAGCUCCAAGUGGGCAUGGGACACUGGCCUGGUGCUCUCCACACUGUUCUUCAUCUUUGUCCUGAGAGCCAUAGGUGUUGUUUUUCAGACCUGGGUAUUGAAUCAGUUCAGACUCAGCCCCCUAGAUAAGAUCGAUCAGGUGGUGAUGUCAUACGGUGGCCUCAGAGGUGCAGUGGCUUUUGCGCUGGUGAUUUUACUCAAUGAAACCAAGGUGAAGGCAAAGGACUACUUUGUGGCAACAACCAUUAUUGUAGUUUUCUUCACAGUGAUUAUUCAGGGCCUGACCAUUAAGCCCCUUGUGAAGUGGCUGAAAGUGAAGCGCAGCAGCCAGCACAAACCCACUCUGAAUGAGGAGAUUCACGACAGGGCCUUUGACCACAUUCUGGCAGCUGUGGAAGACAUCUCUGGUCUCCAUGGUUACCACCACUGGAGAGACAAGUGGGAGCACUUUGACAAGCAGUACCUGAGCCAGGUGCUCAUGCGGAAAUCUGCCUAUCGCAUCAAAGAUGAUAUCUGGGAUAUGUAUCAGAAACUGAACGUCAGAGAUGCCAUCAGCUUUGUUGACCAAGGUGGUCACGUUCUCUCAUCUGCCAAGCUGGUCCUGCCGUCCAUGCCCAGCAGAACCUCCUUCUCCGAGAACUCCGUCACUAACCUGCUGCGUGAGAAUGGCAGUGGUGUGUGCCUGGACCUGCAGGUGAUCGACACAGUGAGGAGCGUGCGAGACCGAGAGGACACUGUGAUGCAUCAUGUCCUGACUGGCAACCUGUACAAGCCUCGCCGAAGGUACCAGGCGAACUACAGCCGUCACUUCAUGAGUGCUGGGGAGCAGGAGCGGCAGGAUCACGAGGUGUUCCAGAGGAACAUGCGCCGCCGCCUGGAGUCCUUCAAGUCCACCAAGCACCACUCCUACCAGGGCAAGGCCAAGUCCCGGUACAAGAAGGAGCACCACGCCCAGAAAAAGCCCAAGUGCACUGAUGUGGGUGAGCUGGUUCCAAAUGGUAAACCAAGAAGAAAUGUGAGUUGGCAGGACACAGUUCCUGUUGUUGUGACAGUAGACUCUGAAGAUGACAAAUCUGAAACUGAGAAGGAGGAUGAGGGCAUCACCUUUGUGGCCCGCACCGCAGACGAGGUUCUGCAGGAGAUAAAGUCAUCAGGUGGCCAGGAUGUGUGUCAUAGUCCCUUCACCAUACCGCCAUCCCCCACCUGCGCUGAGAGACAGCUGCCUUGGAAGGGAGACCAGGGCAGCCUUCCCGUGUGCGUUUCUCUGGAGACCACCAAGAUCGUGCCCAUUGAUUUGCAGCAGGCCUGGAACCAGAGCAUCUCCUCUCUGGAAAGCCUGGCUUCUCCUCCAGUAGCAGCGGAGUCUCAGAGCCACUGUCGGGCACCCCUUUGCAGACAGGAGCAGCGGGGCUCCCCCUCAGCCCGCGGGGCCCGUGGACAGGGCUUCCUCUUCCAGUUCCCAGACUGGGCAGCGGGGCAAAGUGGAGAGGAGGACAGCAGUCAGCCCGUGCAGCAGCAGGAGAUGCAGCCCCUCAUGUCAACGGGGAGAGCACCCAAGCCCGUGUCCCCCCCAAGCUGUGUGACGGGCAGGUGGCCCCCCCGCAUCUCCCUGCUGAAGAGCCUGGUGUCGGUCCCCCCCUCAGCCAGCGAGCCACGCAGCAGAAAGCCCACCCAGCUGUAGGCAUGUAACACACGUCUCCUUUUCUUAGAUCACUAUUGAGGUUUCCUCCCUGAGCUCAGUACUUGUACUUUCCCAGCCUUUUUCCCAAAAAAAUAUUAUUAACUUACUUUCCUGCCAUUUUGACUCUUCAUUCACGUCCUCGCCUACGACUUCGCCUACCGUUUUGGCCUCCUCUGAACCUUCCUGGCUUUUGACCCCAAGCUCUCGUCUUUGACUACGACCUCGCCUCCCGCUUUUGUACCUUGCCCUCUCAGAACCUUCCUGUCUUUUGACCUCCUAGCUUUUGUCCAAGACCACGUCUUUGUCCCUCGAUUUGGCACCGAACCACAUUUACCAGAAUAGCCAUGCACCGGGUCCUAUUGUACCUUCUGUUGCCUGGUGCUACAUGACAGAAUAGGGAGCCAAAAUGGACUUUGCGAGCUCUAACAACCCUUCGGCACUGCUGGCCCAGAAUUCCCCAGCACUGGAUCAGCUAAAUGCAACCAUCCAGCAACUGGUUAACUUAGUCUCCGGAUCCGCUCCCCAGCCUCUCGUCUCCCACCCACCACCAUGCCGCCUCCAGUUUCUGCUGCCUCUCCCAGUCCCCUGCCACCUCCCACCCCGGACAGGUUCGACGGCAGUCCAAAUAUGUGCCAGGCUUACCUGACUCAGUGCUCGAUGGCCUAUAACCUCCGUCCGGACUGUUUUCCCACGGACCGGGAAAGGAUCGUCUUUAUGGUCGCCUACCUCUCUGGCCGGGCACUGGAAUGGGCUGCAGGCCUUCUCGCCAGGAAUGCUCCUGAAGCAUCGGACCUUACUCAUUUCCAGUCUCUGCUGACCUUCGGACAGGUCCAGUCUCCGUACUUCGCCGCCUCUCGCCUUUCAGCAUUAUCGCAAGAUGCACGAUCCACAAGGAAUAUGUGAUGGACUUUCGGGUCCUGGCCUCCCAGAUUGCUUGGAAUCAGGAAGCUCUCAUUCACCAAUUCCGUAGGGGACUGUCCGAGGAGCUGAAAGACCACCUGGCUCUUCUCUCCUUCCACACGCCUACACUGGAGAGCUUUGUCUCCUUGGUCACGGAGAUCGACGUUCACCUGCAACAACGUAGGAGCGAACUUUUCCCACCCUGCCCUGCCUCCAGCCGGACUUCUCCUGUCCCCUCAUCGGCUUCUCCACCUACUCCUUCCCCCUCUAGUCUUACUCCUGAAGAACGGAACCACUGACUCUCUGAGGGGCGCUGUCUCUAUUGCGGGGCUUCCAACUAUCUCAGAUCUUCCUGUCCAGUACGACCCCCUCGCACCGCCCACCCCACUGCUAAGGUCAGUAUCCUCUCACUCAACCCUUGUGCUUCUGGGCUCUCCAUCCCUGCGACCCUUUCCUGGGGCGGGACUCUGGAGUCUCUUCUGGCUUUGGUUCACUCAGGUGCUGCAGGGAACUUUCUGGACUCCGGACUCGCCACCUCCCUGAAGAUUCCCAUGCUGCCUGUCUCCCCAUCCGCAUCCAGUCCAUUGACGGCUCCUCUCUCUCCCCACGAUUGGUGGAAUGGCAGACGAUCCCCCUCUCUCUGCAUAUUGGAGCCAAUCACCUGGAAGUGAUUCAGCUUCUCCUCCGCCAGUCUCUGUCACUCCCACUCAUACUCGGUUACCCCUGGUUACAGUUACACAAUCCCUGCAUUUCCUGUACCCAGAGUGAACUCACAGCCUGGGGAUCCUGCUGCCUAACCCACUGUUGUCAGCUCCCCAUGAAACUUUCUGUUGCCCAGAUCUUUCACGUCACUUCCUACACUAUCCCCCCCCCCCCACGCCAACCUUCACAUUGCUUUUAGUAAACGUAAGGCCCUUUCUCUCUCCCCUCAUCCUCCUUACGAUUGUGCCAUCGAUUUACUCCCUGGUGCUUUACCACCUAGAGGGUGUUUAUCCCCUCUUGUGAGAUGAAUCCAAGGCUUUGGAAAUGUACAUCCAGGACUCCCUGAAGUCAGGCUUUAUCCGUCCUUCCUCCUCGUCUGCCUGUGCCAGUUUUUUUUUUGUAGCCAAGAAGGAUGGCUCUUUAAGAUUGUGCAUUGAUUACUGUGGUCUCAACGAAGUCACGGUCAAGAAUCGCUACCCUUUGCCUCUCAUUCUUGCGGCUUUGGAGUCCCUCCAGGGCACAACAAUUUUUUCCAAACUCGACCUUCGCUGCUCGUAUAACCUCGUCCGCAUCUGCAAGGGGGAUGAAUUGAAGAUGGCUUUUAUCACCACUCACUGCCAUUAUGAAUACCAGGUCAUGCCCUUUGAUCUUGCUAACGCUCAGGCGAUAUUUCAGAAUUUUAUGAAUGACAUUUUCCAGGACAUUAUACACAAAUACGCACUUGUCUAUUUGGAUUACAUUUUAAUUUAUUCCAGUAGCCCACAGGAACACGUCAUUCAUGUCAGGGAGAUUCUAACUCGCCUCAUCAGCAACAGACUCAAUGCCAAGCUGGAGAAAUUCACUUUCCAAGUUUCAAAAAUACGAUUCUAGGUUUAUAUCAUCUCUCCUCUUGGUAUUGAGAUGGACUCCUCUAAGACGGCUGCCAUAGGGGACUGGCCAACCCCCCGGAAGCAGGUCCAACGCUUUCUGGGGUUCUCCACUUUCUUCCGCCGUUUCAUAAAGGACUUCAGCUCAGUCGCCGCUCCUAUCUCCGCCCUCACUCAUAAGGGUCCCACUCUGGGCAAAUGGACCAACAAGGCAGACCAUGCCUUCCUGCGCCUGAAAUGCCUCUUUACCACGACCCCUCUCCUCCGUCACCCAGACCCCUCUUUGCCUGGAAGUCGAUGCCUCGGCUCAUGGGGUUGGGGCUGUUCUUUCCCAGCGCCAUGGGGACAGGAGUACCCUCCACCCCUUUGCCUUCUUCUCAAGGAGACUCUCGCCAGCAGAGACUUACUACGAUGUUGGAGACAGGGAGCUUCUUGCCAUCAAGCUCCCUCUUGAGGAGUUGAGGCAUUGGCUGGAGGGAGCCCAACAUCUAUUUACCAUUCUCACAGAUCACAAGAACCUGUCCUAUAUCCAGUCAGCACAAUGCCUAAAUCAUGCUAGGCAGGUGGUCCCUGUUUUUCACCCAUUUCUGCUUCUUCAUCACCUACACUCCUGGUUCACAGAAUGUCAAGGCCGACGCCAUCUUCCGUCUCCAUGACCCCCAGGAGCUUGAGCAACCCCCUGAACCCAUCAUUCCCUCUCACCAGAUCAUCGCUGCCGUCCAAUCUGACAAUGAGCACCUCAUCCAACACGCACUCAAAGACCACCCCGUACCCCCUACAUGCCCUACGGACAAACUUUUUGUGACUGAUCGGGUCUGCUCUGAUGUCCUAUUAUGGGGACAUGACUCGCGGGUCAUCCUGGCAUCAGACGCACUCUGGAAUUAAUCUCUGGGGACUUCUGGUGGUCCCAGGGCGGAUGUCUCAGAGUACGUUCGAGCUUGCCCCACUUGUGCUUGGAUCAAGACAGCCCGUCAUCAGAAGGCUGGCCCCCUCCAACCCCCCCCGGUACCCGGAUGGCCAUGGUCUCACACCUCUUUGGACUUUCUCAAGGACUUUCCCAGGAGCCAGGGCAACACCAUGAUCAUGGUAAUUGUUGACAGAUUUUCUAAAUCUGCCCAUUUUGUUCCCUUCCCUCCUUGCCUUCUACUCCGGAAAUGGCCGAUCUUUUUGUCCAGCAGGUCUUUAGGCUCCUUGGCAUUCCCGAGGACAUCGUGUCUGACAGAGACCCGUAAUUCGUGUCCCGCUUCUGGAAGGCCUUUUGCUGGGCCCUGGGCACUACUGUCUCACUCACCUCUGCCUACCAUCCCGAAGCCAACGGCCAGACCGAAAGACUGAACCAGGACCUUCUCACGUACUUACGGCCAUACCUCUUGGCCACCCAGGAUGACUGGACCUCGCUACCCCCAUGGGCCGAAUACGCUCAUAACUCCCUUUACUCCUCCGCCACUGGCAUGUCUCCCUUUCUCUGCUCCCUUGGUUACCAGCCUUCACUCCUCCGGAAGCCUAUUCCUGAUUCCAACUUACCCUCUGUCCAACAAUACAUUUCUUCCCUCAAGAAGCUCUGGAAGAUGGCCUGACUUGCCCUCCUGAAAGCCACUCACCACUAUAAGACCUUUAUGGAUCGGCACAGAAAACCUUUUCCCAGACUUCGGAGAGGGCAAUUUGUCUGGCUCUCCACCCAGAACAUCCCUCUCUGCCAACCCCCUCGCAAGCUGGGUCCCCGAUUUAUUGGCCCCUUCAGGGUCAUUUCACAAAUUACUCUGGUCACUUACCACCUCACUCUCCCCCCCACCCUUCGGAUCCACCCUACAUUUCACGUCUUGCUUCUCAAACCCUACCACAGGUCACGCCUCUCCAGACCGCAACCUCGCCCACCCCCACCCCGCUCCAUCGCUGGAUCCACUACCUUUACUGUCAACAAGCUUCUGGAGUCUCCCUGGCAUGGGGGUUUACGGCAAUAUCUGGUCAACUGGGAGGGAUAUGGACCUGAAGAGAGAUCCUGGGUCUCCCCAAAAGACAUCCUUGACAAGGCCCUCAUUGUGGACUUCCAUCGCUCUCCUCCUCUAGCUAUGGCAUCUGGAGAUGCUGCUGAAAGGGGGGUACUGUCACGAAUCACACGCAGGCAUGCAAGGGCUCCCGCAUUUCCACAAGCUCUACUCUCCCUAAAUGCCCACACACCAAUUAACUCAUCACUACUUAAACCCUCAAACGUCUUCUUUUCUUAGCUCACUAUUGAGGUUUCAUCCCUGAGCUCAGUACUCGUACAUUACCAGCCUUUUUCCCCUAAAGAUUACUACUCUCCCAGCAUUUCGACUCUUCCCUCACGUCCUCGACUACGACCUCACCUCCUGCUUUUGUACUUUGCCCUCUUGGAACCUUCCUGGCUUUUGACCUCCUAGCUUUCGUCCAAGACCACGUCUUUGUCCCUCAAUUUGGCACCGAAACACAUUUACCAGAAUAGCCACGCACUGGGUCCUACCUUCUGUUGCCUGGUGCUACGUGACAGUAUAUACUUGAAUAGAGCACUUUAAACCCAAGAACUUUUUUUUUCUACCUGCAAAAGAAAUACAUAGACUGUUGUUUCAGGGGUAGUUUUCCCAAAAGCGUUACUCAAACGUAUUCAGGUGUCUACAUCUUCGGAGCAGCCAAUAGAAACAUUUGCUUUAAUGGAGUACUCCUAUUACUCAGUGGGGAUUUUUAUGCAUUUAUUUCAAGAUUGUACACUGUAGAUGUACAUUGUAAUGACAACUUUUCUAGUUUCAGAUUUUUUCAGUAUACUCUUGAACCUGUUUUAAUGCUCUAAAGUUGGAUUUUAGUAUCCUUUAAUAUAGAGUAAAAAUAAUUCUAAAACCCGAAGUCAUUCUACAUAAACAAUAUACUGUUCUGUGGUUCUGUAAUGAAACAAUUAGCUUGCUCUUUUCUUACUUCAGAAAAGUUUAAUGAAUUUGCCAUACAUAUAAUUGUACAGUAGAAAGCUAUGGAAUUUUAAGAAGAGUCUACUCUAUUCUCAUAUAGGACUGUCUAAAGAAAAUUUACAAAAGUUAUAGUUCAACAUGUUUCAAUUAUUGCAAUAAGUAUAAGAUGUGCUGCUUAGUUUGUUGGUUUUAAAAAAAGAUAAAGUACUUACAGCUUCAGUGUAAUUUAAUGAAAAUUCCCUGUUUAUGACAACUGACUUAUGAAUGACUGACUUCCUUUAGUGUCCCAGAUGGGAAAUUUAUAUUGCAGGCAGGUACAAGACUACACAAUAUAUUUAACACAAUAUGAACCUGUUUACAAAUAAGAAACAUAUGCAUGAGAUAAGAAAAACACAUAAGCA